ACAUGUAUAAAUCUUGAGUGAAUGGUCCAUAACAAGAUAGAACAUUUUAACCUUCUUCAACACUUCACAAACACACACUUUCCCGACAAUGAAUCCUCCAAAUGUCCAGUACAUCUCAGAGUGCUUCAUUAAACCCAAGUCUUCACCAGAAGAAGAAGAGUCAAAGCAGCCAAUCUACUUGACUCCAUGGGACCUAACCAUGCUCUCAACCCAUUACAUCCAGAAGGGUCUUCUCUUUGUCAAGCCCUCUUCAAUGAAUGAUCAAGAAAACACAGUCCAACCUCUCUUGGAGAGGCUCAAGGAGUCUCUCUCUCUCACUCUUGAUCAUUUCUACCCUCUUGCCGGUAGGCUGGCAACGUCCAAACAAGAAAUCCCACCACAUUACACCAUCUACAUCGACACCGACAACAGUCCCGGCGCCAAAUUCAUCCACGCCACAGUGAAUUUGACCGUCUCUGACAUUCUUUCGCCAGUGGAUGUACCACUUGUUGUGCAAUCCUUCUUUGACCAUGACAGGGCCAUCAACCACGACGGGCAUACCCUGUCGUUGCUAUCAAUUCAGGUGACAGAGUUGGUUGAUGGCAUCUUCAUAGGAUGUUCCAUUAACCACGUGGUGGUUGAUGGAACAUCCUGUUGGCAUAUCUUCAAUACUUGGUCGGACAUUUUCAUGAGAAACAAUUCUUCCAUUUCUCGACCACCAGUUCUCAACAGGUACGGCCCUGUUCUGAACCUUCCUUUCACCCACCACGAUCAAUUCAUCAGCAGGUAUGAAGCGCCGCCAUUAAGAGAGAGAUUUUUUCACUUAUCCUCGGAAUCCAUAGCCAAACUAAAAGCUAAAGCCAAUGGGGAGUGUCAAACCAAUAGGAUAUCCUCCUUGCAAUCCGUGAGCGCGCUCAUCUGGAGGUGCAUCACAAGGACGCGCCACCUACCUUACGAUCAAGAAGCCAGCUGCAGAAUGUUAAUCAACAACCGAACACGAAUUGAACCGCCGUUGCCCGAGGGGUAUUUUGGGAAUUCUGCUCAAACAGUGAGAGGCAUUGCUAAAGCUGGCGAGCUGCUAGAGCAGGGGCUCGGGUGGGCAGCGUGGCGGUUGAGGGAAGCAGUGGCAAACCACAACGACAAGGCGGUGAGGGAGUGGGUGGACGAGUGGAUGAAGACUCCACUUAUAAUACGGAGGGGUGAAUUCCUCGACCCUUGCGGCAUCUUGGUGGGGAGCUUGCCGAGGUUUAAAUUGUUUGAGAACGAAUUUGGAAUGGGGAGAGCGGUGGCGAUUCGAAGUGGAUAUGCGAAUAAAUUUGACGGGAAAGUGACAGUGUACCCAGGAUACGAAGGCAGAGGAAGUAUGGAUUUGGAGGUGUGCCUUUUGCCAGAGUCGAUGAGGAACCUUGAAUCCGAUGGAGAGCUCAUGGAUGCUGUUUGUAUAUGAGUAUCUGAUCAAAUGCUGCACUGAGAUAUGCAAACUUAGUUGUAUAUAUUUCAUAUUAUGAAACUAACGUUUCAUUC